CAGCAGAGUGUGUCUCAAUCUGUCACUUACUAGGUGGAGUGCGUUUGAUGGAGGGAGGAAAAAAAAUUAGAUACAGCUAAUUAUGACUGUCUGACAACUCUUGUGAAGCGACGUCCGAUCAACACUUCGCCCGGCAGCGUAUUGUUAUCACCUUGUUAUGACCUGCCAGCUACUCUUUUCGUUAUUUGACAACUGUGGAGCAACACCCUGUGUCAGAAGUUAACAUGCUAACCGCUGUUAGCUGCUGCUAUUCAACGGAGCUGUUUUCUCUGUUAGACUUGAAACCGCCCGCGAAAAGAGCGGCAAUUUUAUAGUGACGAUUUAGUUUAGUUUUUAGCUUAAAAGUAAGCGUCAUUUUGACCAGUUUUCCCCCGUUUCUUGAAAGCGAAGCUAUCGAUCUGUCACAGACAUGGGACUACACCCGCUGGAGUUCAGUGAAUGCUAUCUGGACAGCCCCAGCUUCAGGGAGAAAAUCAAGGCACACGAAGCGGAGCUGGACAAAACCAACAGAUUCAUCAAAGAACUGUACAAAGAUGGGAAGAACCUCAUCAAUGCAACGAAGCAGCUUGGGUUGGCACAGCGAAAGUUUGCCCAGUGCCUGGGAGAGUUUCAGUUUGAGUACGUCGGCGAUGCGAAGACCGAUGAUGAGAAAUGUAUCGAUGAAUCUUUGCAAGAGUUCUCCUCAUUCCUCAAGAACCUUGAAGACCAAAGAGAGCUGAUGAUGAAAAACAUCACAGAAACCUUAAUGAAACCCCUGGAGAAGUUCAGGAAAGACCAUCUUGGUACAGUAAGGGCGGAAAGAAAGAGGUAUGAGAAAGAAACGGAGAAGUACUACAGCUCUCUGGAGAAGCUUCUGAAUAUGUCAGCAAAGAAGAAAGAGCCACAGCUACAAGAGGCAGACACCCAGGUGGAAACCAUGAAGCUGCACUUUCAGGAGGAGUCACUGGACUAUGUGUGCAAACUGCAGGAGAUCCAGGAGAGGAAGAAGUUUGAGUGUGUGGAGCCGAUGCUGGCCUUCUUUCAGACCGUCUUCACCUUUUAUCACCAGGGCUUCGAGCUCGCCAAGGACUUUGACCAUUAUAAAAGAGCACUGCAGAUCAAUAUUCAGAAUACAAGGAGUCGAUUUGAGGGCACGCGGUCAGAGGUGUACGAGCUGAUGAAGAGGAUCAGGGGGGCACCUCAAGAAUACAGACAGACCAGCCCUAUCAGUUGUGAAGGAUACCUCUACGUACAAGAAAAAAGGCCGCCUCCCUUUGGUUCUAGUUGGGUGAAGCGCUACAGCACGUUUGUCAAAGAGCAGAAGAUCCUGCACAUGGUGACCUUUGACCACAGAUCUGGUGGCAAGAUUGGUGAGACUGAGUCUGUCACACUCAAAUCCUGUCUCCGCAAAACGACCGACAUGUUGGACCGGAGGUUCUGCUUAGAACUUGACAUAACCGAUCGGCCGGGCACGGUGCUGACAGUACAGGCUAUGUCAGAGGAUGACCACAAGUUCUGGAUGCAGGCCAUGGGUGGGAAGGAAGCUACUGGAUACUAUCUUGGGACGACGUAUUCUAAAGAAAGAGGAAUUGAUGCCCAGCUGAAUGAUGUGGGUUUGAGUUUUAUGGAGAACUCCAUCAGCGCCAUCGAGACAAGAGGUAUUAAUGACCAAGGCCUGUACAGAGUUGUUGGGGUAAGCUCCAAGGUCCAGAAGCUCGUCUCAUUAAUGAUUGACGAGGAGAGCAACGAAGUGGAUCUGUCUACCAGCGAGGACUGGGACGUUAAGACAGUAACGAGUGCACUGAAGCUUUAUCUCAGGAGCCUUCCUGAGCCGUUGAUGACCUAUGGACUUUACAAAGGGUUUAUUAGCCUUGCAAAGGGCGGUAGUCCAGAGUCUCGCAUCCAAGCCGUCCACUGCCUGGUCCACAAACUACCGGAGAGGAAUCGACAAGUCCUCGGGCUGCUCAUGAAGCAUCUGGCCAAUGUGGCGGCUCACAGUAAACAGAAUCUGAUGACCGUGGCCAACCUGGGCGUGGUGUUUGGCCCCACAUUAAUGAGGCCACAGGAGGAUACCGUCGCUGCCAUCAUGGAUCUUAAGUUCCAGAACAUUGUGGUGGAGAUCCUCAUUGAACACAAUGAAAAGAUCUUUACAGAUGCUCCGGAGUCGUGCCCUCUUUCACCUGCUGGCCCAGUAUUCUCUGCUCCCACAAGGCAGUCCAAGAAGUUGGGUCGACAGAAUCGGCCCCUGGCUGUCUACAAUCCACAAGCCCUAGACAUUCAGAAUGUGUCAGUAGUGGGGGAUGGAUCCGGUCUAGCUGCAGAUGAGACAUCAAUGGGCAGCAAUGAGUCUGUGUCGUCCCAGUCGUCGUCGGCCUCGGCCUCAGAGAUGCCUGCAGAGAAGAGUGACCAUGUCCCACUUAGCACCAGCCUCAGCUCAGGCAGCAACUCCAGGGCCCCCAGAGCAGGAGCCUCAAGAGAGAGCCAACCUGCUUCCACCACCGCUGCCUCUGACGAAGAAAAGCCAGAGGAGAGUGUCACCAGCAGGAAAGCCAAGGCAGUGUUCCCAUGUGAGGCUGAGCACGACUCUGAGCUCUCCUUCCAGGUCGGCGCAAUAUUCAACGCCGUGUCCCAGUCGAGAGAGCCGGGCUGGCUGGAGGGCGAGCUGAAGGGAAAGAGGGGCCUCAUCCCUGAAAACUAUGUGGAGAUGCUGUAGCACCAAAUGGGAAUAUUUAUGGACACGUUAUCACCUUCCUCCGGGACAAAUAUGCAAGAGAUGCAUGUGCCUCAACUCUGACAUUCACCAUAGAGCCUUGUUUAUCCAAAUCCCUGAAUUCUCCCAAGCAGGUGACAUUAUGUUAUUACUGGUGGACCAUUCUUGAUACACAAGUACAUGCAUUGUUAGCUGGCGAGUAGACGUUUGUGUGAUGCAUGUUUUUUUUUCUUUGUUUGAAUUGACUUUGAGUAUCCACAUGGAUUUCAGCGUUGUAAUUACAAAAAUGGGUUUUGCACUUCCAAUAUUCUGCUGUGGACAAAGAAUGCCGUUGCCUCUAAACAUCCGGGUAACUUUGUAGUAGCGGCGGAACAAGGAGCGUCUCUCUCUGCCUCAGAUAUACAUGGUAUCCAUGAGCUCCCAAGUCCAACAGCGAUCCUCAGAAACCGUAAGGAAGAAUGUCAGCACUCAAGUCACUGUAAUCAGUUUUUGUUAAGACGCACAGAGUCCAGCAGCUUUUCGACCCUCGACAAUGAUGCACAGUUUUGUUUUCAGCUUUUGAAAGAUUCGAGAUACUUUUGCUCACCGUGCCUUAGCCGUCGGAACACCCAGUGUAAAUGUAUGUACGGGUAUGUCUGCAAAUGAAUUGUGGUGUUACUGCUUUCACAUUUUAAAAUGUUUUUAUUUGACUGUCAUUUAAGGAAUAUUUGGAUAUUCAAAAUGAGGCACAUCGCUAUUGUUAUUUUAUUUAAUUGGCACAUUGAUUGCAUGACUUUUGAGUUUUAAAUACACUUCUGUACUGUUUUGUUCUUGGUGCACUCCUUUACAGAAACACGAUGAAACUCCUCCCUGACGACUGAGCCUCUUGAGUUAAACACUAGCAUCAGAUGGAGCGAGCAGAGGUGGAUUUAAAUAUGUCGUAAUGAUUGAAACCAAGUGGGGGGGGGGGGGAGGUUCUUCGUGUCAAAUGAUUCUGUUUUUGUCUUCAAAGCUUAUCUUCAACGUCGCUCAGUUUCCUCUGAGCAGAGAAAUGAGACACUCCCACAAAGCUGAAAUCUUAGCGUAGCACUAUUUUACCUUCAAUGUCGGGAGAGUAAGUGAUUAGAAAUCAAAGUUUUAUUAUCAAUAGGACCACAGAAUGCAGUAUUUCAAAGUUUUACAUCUGUUCAGUGUAUAUAGCCUAACUAUUGAAAGAGUUAUGAAUACCAAGUAUGUUUUACAAGUCUCUGUUAAGUGAUGGACCGGUUAUAAUGUGGAUUGGUUUUAGCAUGUGUCAUUACAAUUCAUCCCUCAGCUGUUCAACGGGACGCUUUCAUUUUUCUGAGAGCUUUUGGUUCAGCAGCAGAUUUAUGACUUUGUCAAAGAGCCUCGACUUCCUUCACUUUUAUACCUUUGGGUAUCCUCUUGAUCAAUGUUAAACAAAUAAAGAUCUUUUUUUUUUUUUUUGUUCUUUACCGUAUUAUGUAUUCUUGCCAUAAAAUAAAUGUGAUGAAUGAUAAUUUAACAUUAAAUCAAAAACAAUCGCAUCUCAGGAGUAAGAAAAUGAAGGAACACACUGUAGACACUUUUAUGGACAGACUCAUAAUUGGUCAAUUUUCCCCCACAUAUAAAUUUGACAAUGUGAAAUCUAGCACUAUGUCUAAUUUUGCGAUGACUCGUCUAUUGUGUCAGUGAGACGGCCCACAGUUUCCCACAGAGUCUAAGAAUAAAGUGACUGGUGGAAUGAGGAGUCACUCUGCAGCCAGUCCUGUUCCAUUGAGCCGGGUAGGGUAACGUUAGCCCUCCCGUCCAUCUGACCAAAGCCGAUAGCAAAGCUACUUCCAAAAGGGGAUUAAAAAUAGAUGAUCGUCUUUAAAGGAGCAAAAAGAACCCCCUGAUCCAUUUACAUCUCAGCCUUACGCAUGUUAAUUCUUAGGCUACAUCUGUGUAAUUAAUCAACACACCAAAUGGCCCUCAGACCCGGGGCUUUGGCCUCAGUUACAUAAUAAUCAUGAGUGUGCUGCUGCACUAUUUAGAAGUAUGAACACACAUGCUUUGUCCACAAAUACCAAAGGUUGGAGCUGUGGUUUGUGUCCACCAGCACCCUGAAACAGACGGCAGGAUUACAUAAUGAAAUGAGGCAGAGCUAAUGAGAUGGGCAAAACUAUCACCACCACCAUCCACCCCUGGGGCCCUUCGUCAUCAUCAUCGUCUUCCCUCUGCCAGAAUACUGCUGAAUCAGACAGGCAUCCACUCUGCCUGCCUCUCACUCUGCUUUGGACUGUCUGUCAGAGAGCGAGCCGUGAUCCUCUAUCUUCCUUCCACCUUCCCUGUCGGUGUCUCCUUGACUUCCUACUUUAGUUAGUGCUCCACUUAUUUUCCGGUGCUCUCAUUGUAAAUUGUUUGUUACGCUCAGUUAAUCUAGGUGCAUUUAUCUUUCAUCCUAAAUUUGGGUGUAUGACGCAAUGAAAACGGUGUUGAUCUGGUUUGGGUCAGCCUGUCCGAAUAUCACUUGAGACUGAGGUUGUGCUACCUGUGGUGAUGUGUGCAUGCAUUAUGCAGCAGCGUCUAUCAGCCUGGGCAUGUGUACGUCUGUGUCAGCGUGUCGAAUUAGACGAGAUGUAGUUGUGUUUGAGUAAAAAUCCAGAUGGCUGUUUACAUUUCUCAUUUCCCAGAGUUCUGGCUGUGUGCCAGCUGUUCUCUGGCUCCCAUGACGCAGUGUCCUUCAGCCCCCAAAACACAGUCCAACGCCAUGACUCAGUUUGGAUCAGAGCCCGCAGCACUCUACCUUCAACGACGAGCGAAUGACACAAUUCGGUGAUUCAAAUGGGUUUGAAUUUCCGUGUGGAAGUAAUGCCAACUUAAUCCAUUCCUGUGUCUUCAUCUGGUUUCUUCAGACUCAGUGUGUUAUUGGGGCUGAACACUGAGUGGGAAUUUGGAGGAAAGUGAAUUUCCAACAUAAAUGUGAGAGUGUGGAGAGAAAAAAAAAAAGCCUCAGCUCAGAGAGUGGGCCACAGAAGCCGCCAUGUGCGCGGGUGCAGCCGUGAAAUCAGCCUGAUCCAAUAGAUUCUGUUUAUCUGGCACGACUACAAGUGAAAGCAAUUGGAAAUCUGGGGGAGAUUUGGAGAAGGCUGUGGAUUGAGAGAGAGAGAGAGAGGGAGAGAAAGUGAAAGUAAUACUGUCUGCUCUACAGUCUGGUAAAGCAGGUGUGUUUUCAGAUCACCCUUUAACAAGGUUAAUGGUGAUUUUUCUCCACAGGCACCAUUUUACUGUAAAAGCCUCAUUCUCGCUUUCUUUAUCUCUGUCAUUUUGACUCUCUUUCCGUUCCUCUUUGUUCUCUUCAUCUCCUCUCCCUGUGACUGCUGUACCUGCUGCUGCUUCACAUCAUCUCUUUUUUUUUUGGCUCAUUAUCCUCCCCAGUCGCCAAAAUGCAGCUGUUUUGAAUUCAACCAGAUCAAACAGCCCUUUUUUUUU